AUGCAGCAGCAACGCACGCUCCGUCGCGCGGUGCGCCUCUCGGGCAUUGGCCUGCAUCUGGGCGAGACGGCGAAGAUUGUGCUGCACCCGGCGCCAGCGCACACGGGCAUAAGGUUCCAAGACCCUCACACGCCGACCAAGGCCGUGGCCGCGACGUACGAGCACGUCCAGCGUGACACGUUUGGAUUUUGCACGCGGCUGCACGACGCGUCCUCUGGCUACGCGAUCGCCACGGUCGAGCACGUGCUGGCGGCGCUGAGCGCGUCUCGCAUUCACAACUGCAUUGUCGAAACGUCGGGGCCCGAGCUGCCAGUCUUUGACGGCAGCAGCCAGCCGAUCCUCGCGGCAAUUGCGGCCGUCGGCACCGAAGCGCAGGCGCCACUGCAGCCGUACAUUGAGGUACUGCGCCCCGUCUCGGUCGUGCAGAAGGACAAGGCAGCGUACCUCGUGCCGCGCCCGCCCGCGACCGCGCCCGAGCUCACCGUCUCGGUCGAGGUCGACUUCCGGCACAAAGGGCUGCCGCGAACGUGGCUGAGUGUGCCCCUUGAAGACUUUGCGGUGAUCGCCAACGCGCGUACCUUUACGUUUCGUGAAGACAUUGCGCAGCUGCAAACCAUGGACUUGGCGCGCGGCGGCAGCUUGGACAAUGCUGUGGUCUUUGACGAGGGCACGCCGCUUAACCCGGACGGCUUACGACACCCUAUCGAGUGGGUCCAGCACAAGGCGCUCGACUGCUUUGGCGACUUGGCGCUCGCCGGCAUGCCGCUGCACGGGCACUACACUGGCAUUUGCCCUGGUCACGCCCUUACCCAUGACUUGCUACUGGCGCUUUUCGCCUCCGAAACCAACUACCGGAUCGUUCAAUAG